UAUGAUGAGGCUUUUAUUAUGGCCAGUGACCCAUUGGAAGGCUUUCAUGAAGUGAACCUAGCUUCUCCCACUACACCAGAUCUUCUUGGAGUGUAUGAGCCAGGGUCUCAGGAACCAACUACCUCACCCAGCGUAAUCUACCGCCCACAUCCUUCUGCUGUGUGCUCUACACCUAUCCAACCCAAUGCAUUAAAUGUUUCUGACCUUCCCACACAACCUGUUUAUUCAUCUCCAAGGCACCUAAAUUGUGGGGAAACAUCAGGCAUCAACAUCAGUGUUACAGACACGGUUCCUUGUUCUACCUCUGGACCCCAGAGUGGGUCAUCCAAACACAGUAAUUCCAGAAAGGAGAGCAAUAAUGCAGAGAGAGAGUUUUUGCAGGGUGCUACACUGACGGAUGUUUCUGAAGGGAAUGAAGAUAUUUUUGGGCUGAGUACAGACAGUCUGUCUCACUUACGGAGCCCAUCUGUACUGGAAGUAAGAGAGAAAGGCUAUGAGAGAUUGAAAGAAGAACUUGCAAAAGCUCAGAGGGAGCUGAAAUUAAAAGAUGAAGAAUGUGAAAGACUUUCUAAAGUGCGAGAUCAACUUGGACAGGAAUUGGAAGAACUUACAGCUAGUCUGUUUGAGGAAGCACACAAAAUGGUGAGAGAAGCUAAUGUCAAACAAGCUACUGCAGAAAAACAAUUAAAAGAAGCACAGGGAAAGAUUGAUGUCCUUCAGGCUGAAGUAGCAGCUUUAAAAACACUAGUACUGUCCACUUCACCAACAUCACCAACUAAGGAGCUUCAGUCUAGUGGAAAAGCUCCAUUUAAAAAAGGACAUGCAAGAAACAAAAGUACAAGUAGUGCUAUGGGUGGCAGUCAUCAAGACCUCACCACAGUGCAGCCAAUUGUGAAAGACUGCAAAGAGGCUGACUUAUCUCUGUAUAAUGAAUUCAGAUCCUGGAAGGAUGAGCCGACUAUGGACAGAACAUGCCCUUUCUUAGAUAAAAUCUAUCAGGAAGAUAUCUUCCCAUGUUUAACCUUCUCAAAAAGUGAGUUGGCUUCAGCUGUUCUAGAGGCUGUUGAAAACAACACCCUGAGCAUUGAACCAGUUGGCCUGCAACCUGUUCGAUUUGUGAAAGCUUCUGCAGUUGAAUGUGGGGGACCAAAGAAAUGUGCACUCAGUGGACAAAGUAAAUCAUGCAAGCAUAGAAUCAAGUUAGGGGACUCAAGCAGCUAUUACUAUAUUUCUCCUUUUUGCCGAUACAGGAUCACUUCUGUGUGUAACUUCUUUACAUACAUUCGGUAUAUCCAACAAGGACUUGUAAAGCAGCAAGAUGCGGAUCAGAUGUUUUGGGAAGUUAUGCAGCUGAGAAAAGAGAUGUCAUUGGCAAAACUUGGAUAUUACAAGGAAGAGCUCUAA